AUGGAAGAUGAAGAGCAUCCGGAAAGCGAAUCUUUAAGUCGAUGGCUGACGACAGGAAUGCUACAGGCAUCUGAAGAAGCACGGUUCACUAACCUCAACCAUCGCCCUGACAAGGACGAACGGCUACCUAAACUCCAACGUCGAGACAGCUCCAGUACGGUUCCAAGGGGAUACAGCUCGGCUACCCACGAUGAACUCUGGACCUCAUCAUGGGUAGAAUCUCUACCCACGCCAAGCUGUAUCCCCAACUUGCAGAAGGAACAGCUUACUGUGGACCAAGAUAAUACUUUGGCAAUUUCACUACAGCCGCCGUCGCCUCUGUCCAACAACAUUUCUGCCCAGCAAAUUGACAAGCCAGAACGGAAACCAGCAAUUGCACCUCAAUCGAAAUCGGUCAACGAACGCGAAAACGGAAGCUUUGAGUGGAUUCCAUCUCUAUCAGACGAGAUUGAAUCACGGUCACGAUCCACGUCGACAGACCGUGGACGGCCUCGUUCCGUUUCACCCAGUACGAGUGCCUCGUCCAGAGAUGUUAAACCACAUGCAUCCAAGGCUGUGAACUAUGUUACAAUCCUUGAGACCAAAGAUUGUUUUAUGGGCCCGUCAGCCACUGGUCCAACUCCCGAAGAUGUGGCUCCUCAAUCGAUCAAGAAUGCCUUCAUCCAAGGAAGGAUAGAACUGAAAGAUGUGAUUGAUGGAUAUAAUGAUUCAUGGCUCAAGACAGGGCUAAUAUAUGGCCCUACACCACAACCAGACCAUGCUCGAGGCUGGAGAUGGUCAACGUUUUCAGAGAGUCAGCGGCAAAAGCUCGGAAUCAGGCCAGAGCAAAAAUCACUAUAUGCAGUGCAAGAAGAUAUGCACUUCCCAUACUUGACAGCAGAAGUUAUAUGCGAGAAUCAGGCUCUAGAAUUUGCCGAUCGACAGAAUAUGCACAGCAUGUGUAUCACUUCAGGCUGUGAGGGCGUGCGGAUCUACGGGUACUAUCCGGAGAUUGGCGAAGAUGGAAUUAAAUAUUAUCGUUGGGAGGUGAAACAGUUCAAUAUUUGGACGGAGGAGAAUAAAUGGAUAUGUUAUCAUUUUGUUGAGAAUCUUGAUCGCGAAUUUCUCCCUAUUCACACCAAUCAAUUGAUGCACUUUUUAGAAAGAAUUCCUGAUCCACAAGAUAUAUCUUUCGAGCGCGAUAUUGAUUAUGGUGUUGGUUCCCAAGCAUCAAGAGUCGGUUUUCAAGAACCUGGAUAUAGCUGGGCCCCAUCUUCUCAGAACCAAGGAUUACAGCCGGAGCUACGGAGCAUGAUCCAGAACUUACAGCAGCAAUUAGAUGAACAGAAGAUCAGGUAG